AUGCACUUUUCUACCACCCUCCUCCCCUUGGCUUUGGCGCUGCGCGCCUCCGCCAUGUACGACGACUGGUAUUUCGGCAACAUGUUCGCGCUGGGACCGACCAGCGACAACAUCCACAUCACAAAGGCGACUUACUCGCUCGUCCCGCCGGCUGUGCCGUGCGGAUCGCAGCAGAAUACCAGCGAUGAGGCGCCGUGGUUGGCGCUGUGGGUUGGGUUGAGUGCGAGCAUGUCGGACCAGAAGGCGGAUUUGUUUCAGCCGUUGUUGAAUUGGUCGCCGGAUCAGAAGAGUCAGGCUUGUCCUGCUAGUAACCAGGAGUGGUGUGUUGCUACUAGUACUUACCAUUCGUCUGGCCAGGUGCAAGAGCCAUACGUGCCUGUUCCGAACGACUCGGAGCUUGAGUUCACCAUCACCGUCGAUGAGGCGAGCAACAAGAUUAUCCAGCAGAUCUCUGUCAACGGCAAGGAGAUCUCGCACCAGGCUGAUGACAAAACAAUCAACCCCACCUACAUCUACUCCAGCAACGAAUGCUACCUCGACGCCUGCGGCACCCUCGCCGCAUACUCCUGGCAGAACAUGACCAUCCACCUCAGUGACGCAGACCUUAACUUCCAAAACACCAUCGCCCUGGACGGCGCGCGUGACAGCGGAAUAACCACCCCAGACAAUGGAAAGACCUGGCACAUCAACUCGAUGCGCAUUGACCGUGACUACUUCUACCCGGACCAGAAGGACCACGAGUGCGGGUCUGACUAA